ACCACUUCCGGGCCCGACCGUCACGUGACCCGGUACCCACGUGACUUGGCGGCGGCGGCGGUGCGAUGGCGGUGGAGCUGGGGCGGUUCUUGUUGCUCCUUGGGCUCGCGGCGCGUGGGCCCGCGCCGGCAGGUGCCGCGAAGAUGAAGGUGGUGGAGGAGCCCAACACGUUUGGGGUGCACAACCCGUUCUUGCCCCAGACUAGUCGCCUCCAGCCCAAGAGGGAGCCCUCGCCCGUGUCUGGGCCCACACACCUCUUCGGACUCUCUGGCAAGUGCUUCAGCCUGGUGGAAUCCACGUACAAGUAUGAGUUCUGUCCAUUCCACAACGUGACCCAGCAUGAGCAGACUUUCCGCUGGAACGCGUACAGCGGGAUCCUCGGCAUCUGGCAUGAGUGGGAGAUCACCAACAACACCUUCGCAGGCAUGUGGAUGCGCGACGGCGACUCCUGCCGCUCCCGGAGCCGGCAGAGCAAGGUCGAGCUCACCUGUGGCAGGAGCCACCGGCUGGCCCACGUGUCUGAGCCAAGUACCUGCCUCUAUGCACUGACAUUCGAGACGCCCCUGGUCUGCCACCCGCACUCCUUGUUAGUGUACCCCGUCCUGCCGGAGGCCCUGCAGCAGCGGUGGGACCAGGUGGCGCAGGACCUGGCAGAAGAGCUCAUCACGCCCCAGGGCUAUGAGAAGCUACUGAGGGCGCUUUUUGAGGACGCUGGCUACUUAAAGGACCCAAGAGAAGACACACCUGCCCAGGAGGAAGGAGGGCCCCCCGGCCUGGCACUUGAGUCCCUGGAAACCUGCAAAAAAGCACAAAAGGAGCUGUUGAAGGAGGUCAAGCGCCUCCGGGGCCUGCUGGCCCAGCAUGGCAUCCCCCACGCAGGGCCCGUGGAAACCCCCAGCUCCGAGCCCUGGGGACUCAAGAUACCCACAGCCGGGCCACUGGCACAGCUGCACAGCAAUCCGGGCCUGCGAGGGAAUGUCCUGUGACCCAGACCCUGGGUGUCAGGUGCAGGAAGGCCGAGGAGAAGGCCAGAGCCAAAAGCCUGAAGGCUGCGGGCACAGACACUACAGGAGAGAAGCUGGGACUCAGGGACCACUGGCCAGGCUUGGCUGCACCCAGAGAUGCAGACGGAAUAAAGAUUCAAGGUUUUAAUUAAUUCUCAUACUGAUAAAAAUAAUUCCAUGAAUUCUGUAAACCAUUGCAUAAAUGCUAUAGUGUAAAAAAAUUUAAACAGGUGUUAACAACUUUAAACAAGUCACUACGAGUAGAUGAUUAUA